AUGUGUGAUGAAGCUCGUUCAUUUAAAGAAGAACAAUUGAGUUUGUGUGUGAGAUAUUGUAAUGGAUUUGAAAUAUGUGAACGUUUUAUAAAAUUUAUUGAUUGCUCUCAGUCAAGGGAUGCAGAAAGUUUAAAAAAUAUUAUUAUAAAUGAACUAAAACAAUUAGAAAUAGCUGACAUACCCAUUGUUGCACAAACAUAUGACGGUGCUAGUGUGAUGUCAGGCGCAGUUGGAGGACUACAGACUAAGAUUAGAGAAAAGUAUCCAACUGCUGUAUACUUUCACUGUGCAGCACAUAAGCUAGCCUUGGUGGUCACUGACACAUGUAAAAAUAUAAGUUCAGUAACUUUUUUUAAUUUAUUAGAAUCACUUUAUAUUCACUUUUCUCAACCAUUCAACCACAGCACAUUUAUUUUGAUGCAAAAAAAAUUGGGGUUAAAACCACUUGAACUUACACAGCUAAGUACUACUAGAUGGGCAUGUAGGUACAAAAAUUGCAAUAACGUUAAAAUGAAUUACGAAUCCAUAAUAAAUACAUUAGAAGAAGAAAUUAAUAAUAACAAAAAUAAAUAUGCUAUUCAAGCUGUUGGUCUUUUAAAAGGAAUUAAAAAAGCACAAUUUAUUUUUAAUUUAUUUGUAUUUCAUGACAUUUUAUUAACUAUCGACUUAUUAAGUCAAACUUUACAAAAAAAAAAUAUGACAUUGGGCCAAGCAACUUCUGCAAUUAAUGGUGUAAUAUCAACAUUACAAGACAAAAGGUCUGAUAAAAGUUUUAAACUAUUGUGGGAUGAUAUUACUAAUUUUUCAAAAAAAUUUGGAAUUUGUUUGAAUAAUGAAGAGUCGUCGAAAAAAAGGAAACCAGUUGAUAAUCAACGUUUGAACAAUUCUCUAGUGACUUCAACAAUUGGAUCUCGUGAGGACAAUUUAACAGGUGAAAAAUAUUGGAAAGCCAAUGUUUAUAACACAAUCAUUGAUAAUAUAACUAAUAGAAUGAAAACUAGGUUUUCUGAUGAAAGCCAAAAAUUGGCAAAAUCAAUUGAUAACUUCUUUAUUCUUGAUUUUGAUGGUUCAUUAGAAUUCAUUGAAUAUUAUAGUCAUAACUUAAAAAUAAAAAUGGAUGUUUUAAAAGCUGAAAUGAUGAUUGUCAAUAAUUAUUUAAAUUCUCAAAUCAAAAAUUGGACUAUUCAAGAUUUACUAUCAACCGUUACAUUAGAAUUGUAUCCUAAUUUGCACAAUUUGUUACAAGUUGCACUAAGUAUACCUGUAAGCUCAGCUUCAUGUGAGCGGUCCUUCUCAGCAAUGAGAAGGAUUAAAAAUUGGUUAAGGACUUCUAUGAUUCAAAAUCGAUUCAGUAAUUUGGCCAUAAUACACAUAGAAAAUGAAUUAGUCAAGACAUCAAUUGAAUCAAAACAGAUUCUUGAAGAAUUUGUCAAAUGUGGUUCAAGAAGAAUUCAGUUAACACUUUGA